AUGAUGCAAACCGCCCUCCACCAUCAACCUGUGGCCACCACCCUCAGAGCCGACUCACCGGUCACCGCCGCCUCGACGACUCUGAAAGGGUCAUCGGCCUCUACUGUCCUUCCCUUUCCCCUAGUGCAAGCGCUUCCGCAAGAGCCUUCUGGCACAGUCGUCGCGAUAUACGGACCGGGGCAGGAUGCCAUCGUGCAGGUAGUUGCGGAUAUACUGGGAAAGCCAUGGACAACAGAGACGUCGCUCUCGACCUUAGGGCGAGGAAGUAGCGCGGUUAUCGUUGGGAUCCGGGCGGCGGACCUCUCCGGAAACUUGGAAGGGUGCGAUAAGUCGGCGUGCAUUCUGGUUAACCUCCACUGCGUGGACGACGGGUCGUUUCCCGAGGAGGGGCUCACAGAUUUAUGCGACUACGAGUUCUUAUAUUCGUUGCGGAGUCCGUUCUUUCGGCGGGACCUUACGCGAUUUCUCUCGUUGAUUCUCGGGCAGACCCGGCCACAUGAAGAUCUGAAGACGAAAAACAGGACGAAUUUCAUAUCUACAACUUUCCCCGAUGUGCAUGCGGCGUUGCCGAAUUUAGAUAUUCUAUCGGUGGGCUCUGACGCUGUUGAGAUCCGCGUUGAUCUGCUGGUGGACCCGGAACCGGUGCCUCAAGAUAAGGGACAGCCGAGGGUGCCGAGUCUGCGAUAUGUCGGGCAGCAGUUGAUGCUACUGCGGCAGCAUACGGAAAUGCCGAUUAUCUUUACGACGCGAUGCACGAAAGAGAAUGGAAAGUUCCCCAUGGACGACCCUGCAUUGUUCUACCGGUAUCUCCGACGCGCAAUCCAGUGGGGCGUGGAGUAUAUCGAUGUGGAGCUAUGGCUCCCAGAAGAUAUCCGGCGCAAGCUGGCCGAGGUCAAAGGAAACAGCGUGAUCAUGUCUGCCUUCCAUGACUUUUCUGGCGAGUGGAAGUGGACGUCGCCUGAGGCGCCGCGCAUCUUUGAGGAGAGUGCCAAGUACGCAGACAUUGUAAAGAUGAUUGCGAUGGUGGAUAGCGUCGAAGCAAACUAUGAGCUCGAGUAUUUUCGCUCGACGGUCAAGCAAACACACGGGACGUAUCCGUUAUUAUCAGCAGUCAACAUGGGACAGCUGGGGCAGUUAUCGCGUGCCCUGAAUACAGUGUUUUCACCUAUUACGCACCCGCUACUUCCUAUGAUUGCGGCGCCUGGUCAGUUGACCGCUGCCGAGAUUAACGAGGCGCUACAUAUCAUGGGACAGCUGCCGAAGCGCGAUCUGUACGCGAUAGGCUCGUUUCGAGCGACGCCCCAGUCCAUGUUCAUGGAGAAGUGCUUCAAUGAGCUUAGCCUACCGCACACUUUGGCCUCCGUGGAUCGAGGGCCAGCGGGCUCGCUCGAGCGAGUACUUGCGCAGCCCAGUUUUGGCGGCGCGGCACUGCACCCUCCACUCAGCGGCACAUUACACCUACCAGCAAUCAGCGACGCAGCACGGGCGAUAGGCCUCGUAGAUACAAUCGUGGCAACAAGCCCAGGAUCCCUGGUCGGCGAGAAUGCCACGUGGAAAGGCAUCCGCGCAACCCUAACUCGCGACUACGUCCCGUCGGCAUACCGCGGCCGGGCAGCCAUUAUCCUGGCCGGUUCCGAAAGCGAAGCAUCAGCCAGCAUUUUCGCUCUCCGCAGCCUCGGCGUGGGCGCCAUCUACACUGUCGGCUUCCGAGCGACAGGCCCCUUGGCAGAGGGGCUGGAGCCGUUUACAUCUAUCCAGUCUGUCAAAUUAGUAGAACAGCCGUUUGUGAUUGUUUCGGCUCUGCCACCAGAAAAAUCGCUCCUUGUGCAGCCGUUGCUGCGUCACUAUCGCAGUACCGGCCGGGCGUCGCCACCGUCGACCAGGGGUAAGGUGUACCUCGAUCUUACGAGGGGCGAGCGCACGGGGGACCCUGUGGGCGUUGCAGAGAGAUCGGGAUGGACGGCGUAUGGGAUUGAGGACGUGAAUGCGUGGACGACGGUCGAGAUGCUGCGGCUGCUGGUGGGCCAGAACGUGCCGUUUGAUUUUGUGCGCAUGGCGUCAGUACACUCGGACAGUGGUCCGUUCUGCCUUUGGGAAAAUCCCGACGAAUUAACCGACCGUGCUAGAGCUGAACGUGCAGAGACCCCGGAUGUGACCAUCCCCGCAUCGGUUGCAAACGCCGUUCCCAAAAAGCGAGGCCCCAAAACGGAUGUCCUGGAGGCCCUGCUCAAACGAGUCGACGGGCUUGAGAAACGCCUUCAGGACGAUGGCACGCAUCCGCUUUCCCCUGCUUCGCCCGUGAAGCCUGAUAUCCCGCUUCCGUCGAAUAACUCAAUAUCUCAUUCUCAUGCUUCGCAUUCGCAUUCGCAGUCGCAUCCAGCUGCGUUUCCGCUAGCGCCUCCUCCUGCUCCGUACUCGCAUGGGCAUACGCAGGGCCACGGUCACGCACAUCCUCAAUCCGGUCGCGUACCGGAUGGGAUGCUGGAUGCGUACUUUGCGCGAUUGCAUGGGAAGCCGUUCUUUAUUCUAGACGAGGCGUCUACGAGGCAGAGGCAUGCGAGUGCGCAGUUGCCGGCGGCUUUGUCUAUGGCUGUUUAUGCUUUGAUGUUGCGGUACACGACUAUAAAUCCACCCCCAGGGAGCCUGGAGUAUGCUCGGCAGGCCCGGCGCAUGGUCGAUAUUGACCAACCCUCGAUUGAGAAUCUCCAGACCCUUUUGCUUUUGUCCCAGACGUUCUACGCGUAUGGCUGUGGUAAGAAGGCAUACAUGACAUUAGGCAAUGCAGUCUCCAUGGUCCUAGCCCUGGAUCUCUACCGCGAACCACCAACCACUCACGCCCACACCCAUCCUCUUCUUCCCCCAGAGCGAGAAACCCGACGUCGCCUCUUCUGGUCCGUCUACAUAAUGGACCGGUUUCUCACCUGCGGGUCGAAGCGACCAUGCCUGAUCGCCGAUCACUCCAUUCUCGUCCGUCUCCCGGCAUCUAACCCAUCCGGCCAGGAUCCGGGGGAUAUUUUCAACCCCGUCGGUCCAAACAUCCCCUACUCUUCGGACCGCCGCAAAACCGCCAGCUCAGGCGCAGGCUCAGGAGCCUGCUCGUCUCUCCUUGUUGAUAUUUCGCGCAUUCUAGGCGUAACGCAUCGCUACCUCGCUGCUGGCGGCGUAAAAGGCGACUCCCAUUUCCCUUGGCACGCACUAAGCAAUCUCUCGAAGAUCCGUCAGGAGCUCGAUCUCUGGGCCGCGGGGACCCAUGAUCUCUUUGCAAGCAUUGAGGCCCUCUUCGGACACCCCGAAAGUACACUUCUCCUCCUCUCAAAACUCAUCUACCACCUCGUUCAUUGUCUCCUCUACCGCCCCUUCCUGCCAAUCGACCUCGCUGAGCUGCGCGGCUCAGGACAACACCAAAGUUGGCAAAUCGAAGCAACAACCCUUUGCUUCAGCCAUGCAAAUGCAAUUGCUGAACUCGUCGAGCUCGCCCGCCAUGCACCGCGCAUAGAAUGGCCUGAUCUAGUAGCUUACUGUCUAACCGUUGCGGGAACAGUGCACAUUCAUGGCGUACAUUACAACGGCCGCCGCGAGGGCGAGGUCUUCGCAUCGUCUCCCGAUUUUCUGAACCGCGAGAUGGCGCAGCUUGAAUGGCUGGGUGGGUUUUGGUCGGGCGUGCAGCAUCAUCGCGAUCUGUUGCAGACGCUCUCGGUUUGUCAUGCUGAGCUUGUGAGAACGUUAGCGGCGAGACCGGUGCGGUUUGCACCGGUGUUCCAUCUCGAGGACUUUUUGGAUCGGUAUCCUGGGCUGUCUAUUGGGGGUGGAGUUGGGGUUGAUGGGAGUCAUGUUAGGCUUGUGGAUGAUGAGCAAAUCGAACUCGACCCGCAACUUCUCUACGGACCGGCCUCGGUACAAGCAGCAGCGCCAACACCGAUACUCCCCUCCCAACCAAACGGCGUUCAUACGCACGCCCGCCACCACUCCACCUCUUCAGCCUCCGUCUCGCACUCCCUUCCUUUCUCACCCUCCUCCACAUGGCCCGAAAUUCCCACAGACCCCGAACUCCUCAACCACUCCCCGGGCACGAACCCCAUGCCCAACGCAGGCCCAUCCACCAUAUUCUCCCCCACCCUCGGCACAUCAACACACUUCAACCCGCACUCGCAAACCCAGACCCCCUCACAAACCCAUUCAUACCUCCACUCCCAAAUCCAAUACGCGACAUUCCCCUUCGAGUCCACGCCCGUUCCUGUCCCCGUCGAAUCACCCGAGUCAACCGCCCAGUCACAGCCGUCUUCCGCUACGGCGGGACCGGGGACAGGUGCGAAUGAAGAAAAGGAUCCCUUCCUUAGCCUCCUAGAGCAGAUUGCUGAGAACGAGCAUAACCCCGGUGGACCCAGUGAGCUGGAUUUCUUCCUUGAGGGGUUGGAGCAGGAUGCCGUUGAUGGAGAUGGGAAAGGGCAGGCAGCCUAG